CAGCACUCUGGAAACAGCAAGGCACUCCUAUCCUCUGUUAUUUGUAAGCUGGCAUGAAGCAGACAGACACCUUCUGAAGUUGCAUGCAUGCUGUGUUUCCUCUCCUUGCUGCAACAAGAAAAGCCUUUUCUUUUAACCUGGCUGCCUUUGAAGAAGUGACUCAGACAUCUCCAUGGCCUCUAAAGAUGCACAAAACCAAAGAAGUAGAGGUCUGCCUGGUUUUCUUCCUGGAGCUGCAGACCCGGACCACCACCUUCACAUCUCACCUUCCAAUCCAGGGACCCAAGUGUGGCAGCCAGGUCUCCCUCCGCCAGGCAGCCUCCCUCCUGGUCUAGAGUAUUUAAGCCAGUUAGACCUGAUAAUUAUACACCAGCAGGUGGAGCUUCUGGGAAUGAUACUUGGCACUGAGACCUCUAACAAAUAUGAGAUCAAAAACAGCUUGGGACAGAGAAUUUACUUUGCAGUGGAGGAAAGCAUCUGCUUCAAUCGUACUUUCUGUUCUACACUGCGCUCGUGCACUCUGCGGAUCACGGACAAUUCGGGUCGAGAGGUGAUUACGGUAAACAGGCCCCUGAGAUGUAACAGCUGCUGGUGCCCUUGCUACCUCCAAGAGUUAGAAAUCCAAGCCCCUCCUGGUACUAUAGUUGGUUAUGUUGCACAGAAGUGGGACCCUUUUCUGCCUAAAUUUACAAUCCAAAAUGCAAACAAAGAAGAUAUUUUGAAAAUUGUUGGUCCUUGUGCAACAUGUGGCUGUUUUGGCGAUGUGGAUUUUGAGGUGAAGACCAUUGAUGAAAAGCUUACAAUUGGGAAGAUUUCCAAAUACUGGUCAGGAUUUGUGAAUGGCGUCUUCACUAACGCUGACAAUUUCGGGAUUCACGUUCCUGCGGACCUGGACGUGACAGUCAAAGCAGCGAUGAUCGGUGCUUGUUUUCUCCUUGAUUUUAUGUUCUUUGAGAAGCGUGGACUAGGCGCUGGUGUCAGUGCAUAG